AAUGCCAAAUCUUAUAAACCCCUAAAACAAAAAGGCCACCAAGAAAGGCAUAAUUGAUGAUAACCCUAAAAAAUGCAACAGAUACAAAGGAAACAACCCAAAAACCCCAGCCAAAAACCUCACCAAAAACCCAAAACAACAAAGAUAAAGGAAACAACACAAAUCGUUUCAAAAAAUGCAACACAGAUAAGGAAACCCACUAAACACCAAAAGCCUCGCAACUCAAACAACCAAGCCAAACAGUAGAGCGAGAGAGAUAGUCCAAAUGGCGAACCUAAGGACGGCAAUGGACUCAACAUUCUGGGACCUGAACGUGUCCUCGCCGCGGACCCUGGAGGGCGCGGCCCGGACCGUUCCAGGCGAGCCGUUUCCGCUGGACGGGGCUCGAGCCAGCCGAGCCCUCCGGAUUCAGCAGCUCUCGCUGCUGGGAAAUGGGUUUCCUCUGGGGAUUAUUCCCUCCUAUGGCCCCGCUGCUCACAAGGAGUUGGGCUCGUUUUCUCUCCAGACUCUCUUGCUCAAACACGCAACUUCUAGGUGGUGGCUUGGAUUAAUUGGGCAGUUCCGUCCAAAGAAAUUAAUUUCUUCUAUUAAAGCUGAAUUUUCUGAUAUUGAUGAUUUGGAGUUCCCGGGAUUCAAGGAUGUGGCAAAGCAUUUCAUUGACAAAGCACUCUAUUCGUUUGGAUUAUGUUCACAGCUUUCCUUGACCCCUUCAUCAUCCUUAUUGUUGAGCACAGAAGGACAUGGUGAGAAAAAUGGACGCCGGCACAAAAUGAUGCUCUUUCAAAAGCUCCCUCUUCAUGAUCUUACCUUGGAGGCGGCAUGGCCUGAGUUGUUCAUUGACCAUAAAGGACGAUAUUGGGAUGUGCCUGAGUCCAUAUCAUUAGAUCUGUCAUCACUUGUUUCUAAAUCUGGAUUGCGUUACCGCGUUGGUUUACACAAAAAUAGUGGCCAUCCCAAGGCACUUAAUGCCACAGAUGGUGAGGCACCUUUAUCUCUAAUGCCUGGAUUAUGUGCAAAGGCUGCAUUUUCAUAUGAGAAGAGCCGGGACUUUUGGAGAGAGGAGGAGAAAGAGGAAGAUGUCACAGUAGAGACAGACAAGGGUUCAUUUUGGCGACCUUCAUAUGAUGUGCGCCUCAGAGAGCCACAUUCAGCUAUAUCUGGAAUUAUUGGUGGCGCCUGUGCGGCCUGGUUUGGGGGCAGAGAAAGCUCAGUGGUUGCUGCAUCAAGGGGAGAUGAUGACAUUUCUAUAAAUGCUAAGAAGAGAAGUCCAUUGAGCGCAGAUUUAUUUGGUUCGGUUUGCUAUACUUUCCAGCAUGGAAAUUUCAGAAAUCUAUAUGGUGACCUGACCAGGGUAGAUGCUCGCUUGGAUAUUUGUUCAGCAUCAGCUUUUGCUUCAAGGGUUCUCAAUGGCUUGAAGAGGUCUUCCGUUGAUAGCGUAGAAAAUCCGGCCUCUUCCCCGAGGCUCAAUUUGAUCUUUCAACAGCAGGUUUACGGGCCAAUCGUCUAUCGAGUAGAUUCUAGGGUUUUGCUGGAUUAUUCAUCUGGGAGGCGUGGCCCACAUGUAGAGGAUUUCAUAUGCAGCUUAAGUUACUCAUUGAGGCUUCUAAAUUCGGGAAAAGUUGUUGCUUGGUAUUCUCCAAAGAGGAAAGAGGGGAUGAUUGAGUUGCGCCUAUUUGAGUUUUAACUUGUAUUUUUUUUCUUUGCUUAAUGGCUCUGGCUGCUUGGCCUGAGAAACUAACAUUUUCAGCCGGAAAUUGACUGCAGAAUUCUCAAGGAGAUUUUCUUCCAUCUAUUUAAUAUUGCCUCUGCUUGUAGUGUC